UUGCUUGAACGCUUCUCCAAGGCACGCCACCGGACGAUACACUUUUCUGACGAAAAAAUUUUCACCGUGGAGCAAGUUUUUAACCGUCAAAACACCAGAAUCAUAUCCAAAUUGCUCAAAGAAGCCAACAGCAAAGAUAGACUCGUGCAAACUGCAUCCGGUUUUCGUGAUGGUUUGGGCGGCAAUCACUUCCGAGGCAAGAUGCCGCUGUUUUUUGUGCCUCAGGGCAUCAAGGUCGACGCUGCGACGUACUUGGAUACCGUACUGAAGAAGGAAGCGUCAGCCUGGACCGAUAUCCAUUUUAAGGGGAAAGAUUGGUGCUUCCAGUAG